UCGUCUUCGGCUUCGCACUCGUCUCUGACGGGGUUAUUGUGCCGACGUUCCAGUCCUCCGAUGCGACUAUCUCGGAGUGUGUAGAGAAGCUUCAUGAACGGUGUAUUCUUGCAAUGGGCAGUAUCGGAGGAUCGACCAACAAUGAGAACAUGUCAGCGGUUAGGAACUCCACGCUGUUUGCUGAGUCUGCCGUGGUUUUGAUGACUAAAUUCGGAUUUGACGGACUGGAUCUCGAUGACGAGACUGUAGGAGCGGAGUUCAGUGCUGAUCGAAUGGUGGGGAUGUUGAAAGCUACACGAGAAGCGCUGGAUGCUUCAGGUAGCACCUCGGCUCUACUGACAUAUGAUGCGUACUUCUAUGAGGGUGACACGUCGGUCUGUUCAGCGGCGGACAGAGCAGCGUACUCGAGGUGCUUCCCGUCUGAAGUGCUGGACUACGUGGACUGGGUCAACAUUAUGGCAUAUAACGUCAACCUGGACAAUGACACUGCUGCAGCGAUAUAUGCCGCUGCUGAGAGCACCACAUUCGCUGCGUGGGGAACUCAAUUUGGUGGGAACUACUCGUUGGCUACGAUCGGUCUGUGCGUGGGAGGAGGGUGCGCUUACGGACCCGGACCAAACGCUACGGUUAUUGCAGAAUGGGAAGCGUUUGGCCGCCAAGAAGGGCAUGGAGGUAUGAUGAUUUACUCAGCAUCAGCAGAAGUGGGUGGCGAUUAUCCUGUUACUCGUAGCAUCGUCAGUACGACGGCAUGAGAAAAAAAGCAUUCAGCUUGUCAAAGCGAAGUAUUGGAGAAACCACAUACGUAAAAAAAUAUCGUACAUUGUUGCAUUA